AUGGAUAGAUACAAUCAAGAAAGCAGCACCUCGUCUCUCACGAUUGAUGCCCCCGAGGCCUCACCACUCUUGAGCCUGUUCCAGCCCAAUAACGGUUUGGCCGCCAGUUCCAGCUAUACAAACGACUCGAACGGCUUCUAUCCCGCCAGUGGGUCAAUCUUCACUCCAGAUGGCAGGUUGCGUCUAGGUUCCAAUACUACACCAUCGACGGGCAUGGCACAUGUCCAGCUUCACAACCAUCGUACCACGACCUUGCCGCACCUUGGACCUCACAUCAACUCUCGAGAUCAGUUCACAAGCCCAGUCACACCAUUUCCGAGGCGGCUGUCGGAUCACUUCUCGAGAACAUCUCCGUUCCCGGUUUCCAGAAGGCAGCCAUUGAAUGGUUACACACCGCCCACCACCAGGAUGGAAUCUCAUCAGUACACGCAAAGGACUGGUCAAAACGAGGUUCCUCCCCUGCUGCCAAUCGAGAUGCUGGGCAACUUGCAAUACAUGGACCCCGGGAUGACUGCCAUCAAAGUAGACAUUUCCGGGGUCAUUGACAAGGGCCCGUUUCUGUCUUCGGAUCGCGAAUGGACGUGCUAUCGGAGGAACUACCUGGCGUGCAUCUGCUCCUACACGCUCAGCCCCAACUUCACCGCCGUUCCGAUCCAGUUCACGCCUACGACGCCGUCGGAGACGAGCGCCUCUCAGACGUACCAGGUGUAUGGCUUCGCCAUGUGCAUCUCCGCCGUGGUGGCGGACAACGAGCAGCACAACAUCGAGCUCGUCCAGCACACGCCCAAGAGAGACAAGGGGCCGAUUUCCAAGCCGAACAAGACGCCCCUCGCGCCCAAGACGACGUCGACGCACGGAACGCUUCACCUGUACGGGGAUGGCUCAGGCCUGGGAGGCGCCAGGUCCCUCUACUCGGACGGAUUCGGCGGCCAGCAGCAGGGCGUGGGCGUGAGCGUGGGCGUGGGCGUCGGCCAACAGAUGCCGACCGAGCACACCUUUGAGCGCAUCCAGUUCAAGCAAGCGACCCAGAACAACGGCAAGAGAAGGGCGGCGCAGCAGUACUAUCACCUGGUGGUGGAGUUGUGGGCAGACGUGGGCACGCAGUCGACCGAUCAGUUUGUCAAGGUAGCAUUUCGAAAGUCGGCCAAGAUGAUUGUGCGCGGACGGUCACCCGGGCACUACCAGAACGAGAGGCGCAACAGCCACGGAAACGGCACGAGCGGUGCGGCCAGCAGCGCAGGAUACAGGCCCAUGGGGCCCAUGGGCGAUUUCGCCAAUGGAUCCGGCAUGGCUGGGACGGGACUCGGCUACGGCUCUGGCUACGACAGUCGUGGCACCAAUUACAACAAUGUUAGGCACCAAGAGAUGUCGCCAGAGAGCAUCUUCUCCUCGGGCGACGACAAGCCGUCCAAUAAGGCGUACCAGUACUAUACGCCAACCUCCUACGAAAACCACAGUGACCGAGUCGACCUGUUUGGCCACAGGAAUGCGGCCGACAGCACCCUGCACUCGUCAACCGCCACCAGCGGCCGCAAGGUCAAGCCAGAGCUCGACUUUAACCUGCUGCCCAGCCCUUUUAGCGGCGGAGGAGCACGGACCGAUGAUCAUCACCAUCAUCAUCAUCAUCAUCAUCAGCAGCAGCAGCAGCAGCAUCGAGACCGUUUCGACAGCCGCGCGACGACGGGAGGAUUCUACCCGUCUAUCGUUUCCCCGACCGGCCUGGGCGCAAUUUGA